AUGUGAUGCAGUUUUUUUAAACGCGCCGUCUUGAAAAAGAAAUAAGCUUGUGAUAGUGUUUUUUUCAACAAUGAAGACUCCGUGCGUUUUACCUGGAUGUUCUUAUAUUACGAAACUCUUCACUUCCAAGUCAAAUGAAUUUGAACUCGAGGCGUUAGAAGUCCACAAUGAAUUCAGAGCAGAACAUGGAGUACCUCCUCUAGUGCUCAGCAAGGAAAUCAGUAAAGUCAGCCAGAAAUGGGCUGAAGAGUUAGCGAAAAAAGAUGCUAUGGCAUACAGCCUGAACAAGAGCUAUGGAGAAAACGUCUACUGCGGUUGGUCAGCUGACCCCAACACGAAAAUCAAAGCUAGAGACUGCAUCGAAAAAUGGUACAGUGAAAUAAACAACUUCUCCUUUGGAAGAGAACCAGAAGUCCUUACUUGCGGCCAUUUCACUCAAGUCGUUUGGAAAUCAACCAGAGAAUUAGGAGUCGGAAGUGCAAAAAGCAAAACUGGAAAACUUUACGUUGUUGCCAACUACUACCCACCUGGUAACUUCAGCAACCAAUUUGUAAAGAACAUUCCUCCACCAGGUGCUGGUCAGUUCAGAACAAAUUCCAACAACUCUCCAAGAGAAUCAAACAACAAUUUAUCUCCUCCGUCCCCAAACCAAAGAAACAGCAAGAAUUUAAGUGAACUUGCAUCAGAUUUAGUAAGCCGGUUCAAAUCGACGUCAAUAACUAGUGAAAAAUUUGAUGAAGAAUUUUUGAAGGCCCACAAUGAUUACCGUAAGCAGCACGGAGUAAAACCUUUGGAACUAAACAAGAAGCUUUGUAAAUACGCCGAAGAAUGGUCUAAAACGUUAGCGAAGAAAGGUCAAACAGAACACAGAGAUCAAAACGAUUAUGGAGAAAAUAUAUUCUCCGCUUGGUCUUCAGAUCCUAACUUUACAGUAUCAGGAAGAGAUCCGGUAGACAAAUGGUACAGCGAAGUCAACAAUCAUCAGUUUGGUAGAGAGCCUUCAGAUUUAAAAUCUGGACAUUUCUCCCAAGUAAUUUGGGAAGAUACAAAGGAAUUAGGUGUUGGUGUAGCCAAGUCCAAAGAAGGGCAAAUUUACGUUGUUGCCUAUUACAACCCACCUGGCAAUGUUAUUGGCAGUUUUGCAAGCAAAGUCAAACCUCCUAUUAAUUAAAUUGUUUCCAUUCCAAACAUUUUCAGCCAAAGAUACAUUCCUCACGUAUUUAAGUAGUAUUAAGAUGACAUCAAUAUUAUUUUUCUACAUGAUAUACCUCUAUUUAUUGUGCUAUACGUAUGUUUAAUUAUAUUUAUAGUUCGUAUUUUUU